GGAGCCGGUUCCCACUCACACGUCACUUUAUACUUGUUUCUAUAAUAGUUUCUUCCCCCAAAUUUGUCUGUGUUUUUUCCCUCUCCCCAGAGGAAGGGCUCCGAUUUCUCUUCUCUGUGCUCGGCUCUGGUAAGGGAAUCUAUUCGCCAAGAUUCCUCAUCUCGUUUCCUUCCGGACUGUCCCCGCGGCAGCCCAACAACCGGAGGUCAGGAGAGGAGGGAUCCUUUCGUCCCAUCUUCCCUUUCGAAGCAGCAUCAAGCUUUACUUUCUGCUUCCUCUCGAUAAUCUACACAUCCACGCGGGGAGCAAUUCCAAUUUGUUCUUGCUACUGACCAGAAAUUAAAGAAUCUCUUCUCUGCUCCUAGGGCGGGAGUGAGGCGCCCCCCACAAAGAUUGCUGCCAUCUCUUUUUCGGCUAUUCAGGACUGCAAGCAGCGCAAGAGGUUACACAGACAAGAUCGAUGGGGAUACCGAGCGACGAGGUGGUGCAAAUCCGGCACGCCGACGUCGCCGGCGAGCCCACCGUCGUCACGGUUAGCUGCCCCGACAAGACGGGCCUCGGCUGCGACCUCUGCCGGGUCGUCCUCCUCUUCGGCCUCAACAUCGUCAAGGGAGACAUGAGCACGGAUGGGAAGUGGUGCUACAUCGUGUUGUGGGUGGUGCCAAGGCGGGGCCGACCCAUGGCAUGGCACCUUCUCAAGAACAGGUUAUCUGAGCUCUGCCCCGUCACGGCGCCAUUUUGCUUCGACACCGCCUACCUCGCAGCUGCUUGCCUCCAGGAUGAUGUUGUGCCUCGCGUCUUCUUGCUCAAGCUUUAUUGCUACGACCGGAUGGGCCUCUUGCAUGAUACAUGUAGAAAAGGCCUAAUUUGGACCUUCUUUCUGGGAAUUCUGUGUUUCACAGAUGUGACACGCGUGUUGUGCGAGCUAGAGCUCACGAUCCGGAGGGUGAAGGUCUCCACCACGCCUGAUGGAAGUGUGCUGGACCUUUUCUUCAUCACAGAUGUUAGGGAGCUUCUGCACACAAAGAGCAGAAGGGAAGAAGCUUAUGACAAACUUGAGAGUGUCUUAGGCGACUCCUUGACAAGUUGCAAAAUAGAUCCUGCCAGUGAUGACAUGUGUUCUUGCCUCCAACCUUCUGCUUCGUUGACGCCUGCUGUCAUGGAACAGAUGUUUAGCACAGAUGUUAUAGAGGAGCAAGCCAGCGGCGCAAGGUGUAAUGGUAGUACCAUAUCUGUGACAAUGGACAACUCUCUUAGCUCUGUCCACACUCUUAUUCAGAUUCAGUGUGGUGACCAUAAGGGCCUCCUAUAUGACAUCAUGAGGACACUCAAGGACUGCAACAUUCAGAUUUCGUAUGGGCGAUUCUAUGCCAGACAAAAUGGUAGCUGCGAGGUAGAUUUAUUCGUGGUGCAAUCAGAUGGGAAGAAGAUCCUUGAUCAGCAAAAGCAAAGAGCGCUGUGUUCGCUCCUGAGGAUGGAGCUAUAUCGACCACUGCGAGUGGCAUGGGUGAACCGGGGUCCUGACACGGAGCUGCUGGUCGCAAACCCUGUUGAGGUGUCUGGCAAGGGCAGGCCUCUGGUGUUCUACGAUAUCACCCUUGCUCUCAAGAAUCUUCAUAAGCGAAUAUUCUUGGCAGAGAUUGGGAGGCAUGUCGUGGAAGAUAGGGAGUGGGAAGUCUACAGAGUGCACUUUGGUGAGGAGCAUGAGCUCUCUUCUUCACUGCGGAGGCAGAUUGUGGAUGGAGUCACCAACAUGCUGAUGGGGUGGGACUGAUUUUCUUUUCUUUUUUUGCCUCUGACAAAGGCACAAAGGUCAAAACAGCAUUGUCCUGGCUGCAAAACCCAACUAAUUUCAUGUAAUUAGAGAUUUACGGUUAGUCUUUGUGUAAGUAAAAUGCCGUAGUUGAGCAAAUGCAAGCUAUAGUAAUCAAAUCAUUGCUAUC